AUGGGAAAUUUUCUAAAUAAAAUUAUUUUUAAUGCUCCAUCGGAAGGCUCUUUUGAAAAUUUUGAUUUAGAUUUAAUUUAUAUUGAAACAGAAAAUCAUGAAAAGGUUGCAGCACAUUUUAUUAAUAGAAAUGCACCUUUAACAAUUUUGUUUUGUCACGGUAAUAGUGAGAACAUCUAUAUGUUAUAUGAUUAUUUUUAUGAAACUUCUAGAAUAUGGGAUGUUAAUAUAUUUUUAUAUGAUUACCUUGGAUAUGGAAAAAGUACAGGAAUAGCAUCAGAAGAAAAUAUGUACUUGAGUGGAAACGCAGUUUAUGAUUACAUGGUUAAUAAUUUAAAUAUAAAACCAGAUAGCAUUGUUAUAUAUGGGAAAUCUAUAGGUUCAUGUGCAGCUGUAGAGUUAGCAUCCAAUAGAAUAGUGAAAGGAAUCAUUUUACAAAGUGCUAUAUUGUCUUUGUUAAAUAUAUGUUUUAAAACUAGGUUUAUUUUCCCUUUUGAUUCAUUUUGUAAUAUUAACAAAAUUAAGAAUAUACCUUGUUAUAUAUUUUUUAUUCACGGGACUGAGGAUAAAAUAGUUCCCUUUUAUCAUGGAAUAAGUCUAUAUGAAAAGUGUAAACUAAAGGUUCAUCCUUAUUGGGUUAUUGACGGAAAACAUAACGACAUUGAGAUAAUUGAAAACGAAAAAUUUAAUGAACAUAUUAAAUCUUUUUUGAAUUUUUUAAUCAAUUUAGAUUAA